CUUUUCUCAUAUUUUUGUGGUCGCGAAAUAGGUAGCAGUGGGGAAAAUAUAAGGAUUUUACGUGGAAAAUUCUAAUUUAGUGUCUGUUUAGAGUUAAGCGACAUUCAAAAAGUGAACAUCAUGGCUGAAGACGCAGAGAAGAUUGCGGUUCUCCGUAAAGCAUUUCAAAUGUUCGAUACGACCAAAAGUGGUUUCAUCGAAACUACUAAAAUUGCAACCAUUUUAAACACUAUGGGUCAAUUAUUUGACGAAGGAGAACUGAGCAACCUUAUCAAAAAGAAUGACCCUCAACAUACCGGAAAAGUCAAUUUUGACGACUUUGCAGAAAUAGCUUCUCACUUUCUAGAGGAAGACGAACAAGAAACCCAACAAGAACUAAAAGAGGCUUUCAGAUUGUACGAUAGAGAAGGAAAUGGAUACAUUACCACCGGUACGCUAAAAGAAAUUUUGGCUGCUUUAGAUGACAACUUAACUAGUAGAGACUUGGAUGGUAUAAUCGCUGAAAUUGAUACCGACGGAUCAGGAACAGUAGAUUUUGACGAAUUUAUGGAAAUGAUGACUGGAGAUUAAGACAAUAUACAUUAAUACAUAAUAACAUUAAUUUUAACUUAUUUAUAAAAUAUUUAACUGUUUCCGUACAGAAAUAAAAAUACUGCAACAGUUUUA